GUCUACUUUUGAUGGGCAACCAUCACAUUUGGGGAAAGAGCUCUUCUAGAAGACGGUGUCAAGCUCCUUGAUCGCUACUGAUGUUCCAAAAAAACAUGGAUUCCUAUUCAGGAGGUCGGGUGCGGCUGGUCCUGGUGAUGGCCGCGCUGCCGCUCUUCACAAGCAACGAGGCCUGCCCCAGCGCCUGCCGCUGCUCAGCCCAAGGCAACGUGGGGUGCUCCGGCAACAGCAUCACCGACACGCCCAAACAACUUCCCCUUCAGACGUACACGCUGCAGCUCCACGCCACCAGCAUGAACGUCAUCCACGAGCACAGCCUGGAGAACAUGGACCUGCUGACGCGUUUCAGUCUCAUGCUCAGCCGCCUCCGUACCAUCCACCCGCGGGCUUUCAACGCCGUUCCAAAGCUCAAGUCCGUCCAGCUGUCGGCCAACAAUCUGGCCUCGCUUCCCGCCAGAGUCUUCAGCCCCCUGACGACUCUGGAGCAGCUUCAUUUGAACCGGAACCAACUGGCGACAAUCACCGUGGACAUGUUUGAAGGACUCGUUGCUUUGGACAAUUUGGACUUGAGCCACAACAAAUUGUCCAGUCUGGCUCCAGGAGCUUUCAGUGGACUGGUGAACCUCACCACGCUGAAGCUUGGCAAUAACUUCCUACAGAGACUUCCGCCUGAUAGCUUCAGCUCCUUGACUAAACUUAAGGAGCUCAUCAUGUGUUACAACAAAUUAGAGAGGCUGGAACCCGGGAUCUUUGACGGACUAGUGAACCUUGAGUAUCUGCAGAUGCAUUACAACCAGAUCGCCAGCAUCCCUCAGAGGGUCUUCUGGUCACUAAGAAGCUUGAAGAACCUCACUCUGUCCACCAAUCAACUGCAGUCCGUCCCUGAGAGAAGCUUCUACCACAUGCCCAACCUGUCCAAGCUGACCCUGUACAACAACCCGCUCUUGGCUCUACCAGACCAGCUCAUGGGACAUAUGCCCAGAAUCCAGGAGUUCUACCUGUUCUACACAAACCUCACCACGGUUCCGGGGAAUCUCUUUGCCAACAUGUCUGGCUUGCACUACCUCAACCUCCAUUUGAACGAAAGGCUGCGAGAGUUGCCGGCGGAUCUGUUUUGCUGCAUCCCGGAGCUUCAGAAGCUCUCGCUGAAAUCCAACAACCUCCAGGAGCUUCAUCCAUAUCUUUUCUCCAGGCUAACCACGCUGAACAUCUUAGUCCUGAAUGAAAACAAACUCAAAGAGCUACCAAGAAACAUCUUUCAGGAGCUAGGACUUCUUACCACGCUGGACUUGAAGAACAAUGAGCUCAAUCAUCUCCCGGAAGACAUUUUCCAGUCCAACCCGUUCCUAAAGGUUCAUCUGAGCAACAAUCCGUGGAACUGCUCCUGUCCGAUCAGAGGCUUUGCAAGAUGGGUGAGUCGGAACAAGGAAGCCGUUGUUGACAACGCUGAUACGAUAUGUCAGAGUCCGCCGUACCAAGCACUCCGUACCCUGGACUCUUUGCGGGACGAGGAGUGGAACGUCUGCGACGUUACCACAGUCACUCCGAGCCACGUUCCCACGCCCACUCCACAGUCGUCUACGACGGAUCCAACAACCGCCCGACCAGUCGCCAUCCAAACGUCUCAAACCACGGAAUCAGCUUCAACGCUCCGACCAGUCGCCAUCCCGACAACGUCUCAAACCACGGAAUCAGCUUCAUGGCUCCAACCUCCACCUCCAACUGGCGUCCCACCAGAAGAGGUUCCCACGCCCACUCCACAGUCGUCUACGACGGAUCCAACAACCGCCCGACCAGUCGCCAUCCAAACAACGUCUCAAGCCACGGAAUCAGCUUCAUGGCUCCAACCUCCACCUCCAACUGGCGUCCCACCAGAAGAGGUUCCCUCCAGCCACGACGCUUCAUCGCCGUUUUACGACAAAGUGGUACUGGCAGAGCCGUCUGAGUUCGUUCACCACAACCACCACAACGGUUGGGUCUACGUGUGGUUUCUGCCCUCCAACGCCGUCUUGGCCGGGUUCCUGGCCUUUGGUCACGUGCUUCUCGUGGCCGCGGGUCUGUUCCUCGUCCUUUCUGCCAUGUACGCCAUUCAUCGCCUCAACGGGCGCGUGGAAGAGCUCCGGGUGGAGCUGGCACCAACUGAAGGGGAAAUCAUGGCGCUCCCAUUCAUCUUCCCUGCGCUCCUGCUGCUCUGUUCCCUCAGUGUUGCUGUGUGGUCAUGUCCCGAUGGAUGCCAAUGUAAAGAAGACCAAAUCUUAUGUGUUGGAAUCUCACGUGUUCCUCAAACACCGACGUCCACCACGGCCUUCUACUUGUCCAACUGCAGCAUCUCCUCCCUGACGCCAGAUGACUUCACUUCUCUGACCAACGCGUUAAGCGUUUGGGUUAAAGACUGUGUUUUGAGGGAGGUUCACCCUGGAACGUUUGAUUCCACUCUGAACCUCAAGGCCUUAGUGCUUACUGGAACAGAAUUGCAAGAUCUGCACGAGGACCUGUUCCGGAAUCUUCAGCAGCUUGAGACUCUGAACGUGAAUACCAACAAGCUCCUUGUACUUCAUCCAAAAUGGUUCUCCCCAAUCAAAAGACUGACUGCCCUUGAUCUGAGUCGGAACCAGUUGACCUCCAUACCUGAGGAAACCUUUCACCCUCUGACUGAGCUGGUGUACCUUUUGCUAGCAGGUAACAGUAUCGGUCAGUUACCAAGAGGGACCUUCAAAGGUCUUUCAAAGCUCAAGUACCUUCGGCUAAACAGAAAUGUACUACAGCAAGUCCCCAGCGGGUGUUUUGAUGACCUCAAAAACCUGGAGGAACUAUCCUUACACGACAACCGCAUCACUCAUCUCCAACACGACCUGUUCUCCAAGACGCCCAACCUCCAAAAGCUGUUCCUUUCCAACAACCAACUGAGAACUCUUCCUCAAGGACUCUUCCUGCACCUCCCCCUCCUGGCCCAGAUCUCCUUGUAUGAGAACCGGUUGGAGAGCUUGUCUUCUGGGGUGUUUGGUCCCAUGGCCCUGCAGGAGUUGUGGCUUUACGACAACAAGCUGAGUCGAGUCGAGGACGACACCUUCAGAAACCUGACGCGGUUACAACUCCUGGUGCUCAGCCGCAACCGGAUCGGCCACGUAUCCGCCGAUGCCUUUCGAGGGUUGGAACAGAUCGGUGAAAUAUCCCUGCACACCAACCUGCUCAGGAACGUACAAGCUGGGACAUUCCGAGGUCUUCCCAAGCUGAGAAACAUCUCCUUGGAGCACAAUUUCAUCACUCAACUGCCUGUUGGGUUUCUCCAAGGUCUGAGCCACCUGGGGCAGAUAGACCUGAAUAACAACUCUCUUCCCAACCUGCCGCAGGAAACGCUGGACGCCAUCUCUGUGGCAGAGGAGAUACUGCUUCAUCGGAACCCUUGGAGGUGUGACGAGGACAUUGUGCCUCUGAGGAACUGGCUGAGAAAGCACCCAACCAAGACCAACCAAAGCCAAGUGAUAUGCGACACGCCCUUGGGCCUAAGCGGGGAGGUCAUUGCCAUGCUGACGGAGGAGGACUUGAACCUGAAGAGUUCCACGCAGCAAACGCUACUCACCUCAGAGGACUUGCCUGCCGUCAAGACCACGUCUUCCACAGAGUCAGAAGCGGUCACAAGAAGCGGACACGGGGAAGAGGGGCAAAUCUCCGGCCGUACUUCCAUCAUCCUCAUCGCCAUCGCAGUCGUCGCCACGGCCGUCAUCAGCGCCGCUGUCAUUGGUUGUCUAUGCUGGAGAAGGAAGAGAAAAGGAAGAGGAGAUAUUGGACAUCGGGGCAGGAGCUCUGUGCUCCCCGCUGCAGCCCAGUGCCGCCAUUGGCUGCAAAAGACGCCUAGAUUAGAAUUAUCUCCGCUCGCAGAAGCUUGUUUGGCCACGCCCAGCCGGGUCGCUGCAGGGCAACAACGAUAUCGACAACAACUCACCACGCUUGUGUCUCUUUGCAUUUCCUCUCUGCUGCUUCCUGCCACGGGAAAUAAUCAGUGCUUGGCCAUGCAGAGUCCAGACCUGAUUGUGUUUCUCCUGCUGGUGCUCUUUAAUUCCUUCCUGACCGGGAAUCAACCAUGUGAAAAGGAGACCGACUGUCCCUCAGGAAACCAAGUGGUCUUAGGUUCCAAUGUGACAGAAAUCCCUCGUACGCUAAGACCGGGCGUGACUGAAGUUUUCUUCCUGAACAGCCAGAUCAAGAUGAUCCCCAAAGCAGCCUUUGCGGAAAACCCCCACCUGGAAAAGGUGGAGUUCCUGAACACCAACAUAACCGUUAUCGAGCCGGGAGCUUUUGAAGGUCUGAUCAACGCCAGGUACAUUGAAGUCUCCGGCACGCUGCUGGAGUCUAUCCCAGUGGGAGUCUUCACAGGGGUGGACAAUCUGGAGAAAAUCAUCCUAAAGUCCAACAAGCUCCGUCAUGUUCCCAAAGGUUUGUUUGAUGGCCUUCAGAAGCUCCGGGAGCUCCAGUUGCACAUCAACGAGAUCCAGUCCAUCCAAGACGGGACGUUUGAUGACCUGGAGAACCUCACAACGCUUCAUCUGGCCAAAAACAACCUCUCCACCGUGUCCACCAGCUGGUUCUCCAAGCUGACCAAACUGCAAACGCUUCGGCUUUAUGAAAAUCAGCUGACCGCCAUUCCUGAGGAUAUUUUCCAUCAUUUGCCAAAUUUAAAGGAAAUUUCUGUGCAGGGCAACAAAAUAAGCGACUUGUCCCCCAAUCAGUUUCCCCAUAAAGACAAAGUCACAAAGCUUCUUUUGGACGACAACCGACUGACGAAAUUACCAGGAGGAUUCUUUGUAGGCUUCCCAAAUCUUAAAACGCUGACGCUGCAGAAGAACCGACUGGCCGGUCUUCCAGCUGUGCUUUUCGGAGAAAUGAAAACCACAGAUUUGAGUCUGAGUCAAAAUCACCUGAGUCAUCUCCCAAAGGCGAUAUUCAGUCCGCUGAAGAAACUGAAGAGGCUGGAUCUGUCAAGGAACCACUUCGCCGCUUUGUCGGCCGACUACUUUGAAGGAUUGGACAAAGUCGCCGUUUUGAAUCUGCGUAACAACUCCAUCGCGUCGCUGGGAUUGGACGUUUUUGAGAAGCUUCCAUCUCUUAGUACGCUUGAUCUCUCCGGCAACAACCUCCAAACGCUGCCUGAGGAUAUUUUCGAACCUGUACCGAAACUCACCAAGGUUUACCUCCAUGGCAAUCCCUGGAACUGCGACUGCAACCUUGUACCUCUCCACAUCUGGAUCAAGGCCAAUUCCCAGCUGGUUCCCAGUGUGGUUGCGUGUACGUAUCCGGAACACCUUAAAGGACAGGCGCUCGCAAACUUGACGCUGGAGGAACUGGUUUGCCGCGCAGAUCCCACCGCAACCGUUAGGGUGUUACCGACUUUGACGACACAACCGAUCCUCACGACACGACUUCCAUCGACAACCUCAGCGGAACCGACCACCGUCCUUGCGACCCCAACACCUUCGACGACGCAACCGAUCCUCACGACACGACUUCCAUCGACAACAGCAGAACCGACCACCGUCCUCGCGACCCCAACACCUUCGACGACACAACCGAUCCUCACGACACGACUUCCAUCGACAACCGCAGAACCGGAAUCAGCAGAACCGACCACCGUCCUCGCGACCCCAACAUCUGCAACGCCUUCGACGACACAACCGAUCCUCACGACACGACUUCCAUCGACAACCUCAGCGGAACCGACCACCGUCCUCGCGACCCCAACACCGACAACACCACAACCGAGCGCAACCCUUCCUGCUUCGAGUACAACAACUCAACCAACGCCAACGCAAGCAGCAACCACUCCCACCACCAUUUUAGCUACAGUUCCUCCGCCGACCACAACAGAAGCCACUUUACCAAUAACAACAACUUCACCGACUACUCCGCUACCAACAACUACGACGUCCGUUAGCACGUUGCCACAAACGACAAUCACCACAACCGCAACCACAACCUCACCCAGCACCGCUCUGACGACAAUAGCUAUCGCCACGACAACCACGACUCCAAAUACCCCAACAACCCCAACAAUUGGAGUCGUCGCCUGUCCCGUGGACUCGAGUCGCUCAUGGUCAACACGCAAGAACGACAAAGGAAGAACGUCAAGUCAUUGCAAAUCCCAAGCAACAGUGUACGGCGUCCUGCUGCUGGUGGAGCUGUCCUGCACGCUAGCGCUGAUCAAGGUCACCGUGUCUGUUGGCCGUUUGCUGCAGCGCCGGGAAAGGUCAAACAAGGUCAAACUCACAAGUUUCUCCCACAGGAAAGAAGUCAUCCUCAGGCCUGUUUGGGAGGCGGAGACCAAAAGACUUUAAGCGGCUUAAACUAGGGCUGUCCAAAACCCGGCCCCGGGGCUAUACCCUGCUCCUACUCAUUGGGAGGAGUGUCUGGUCAGGAUGGGGUGGCGUUCGGGGACGUGUAAGACCGGGAAGACCCAGGAGACUGAUCUGGUCAGGAUGGGGUGGCGUUCAGGGACGUGUAAGACCGGGAAGACCCAGGAGACUGAUCUGGUCAGGAUGGGGUGGCGUUCAGGGACGUGUAAGACCGGGAAGACCCAGGAGACUGAUCUGGUCAGGAUGGGGUGGCGUUCAGGGACGUGUAAGACCGGGAAGACCCAGGAGACUGAUCUGGUCAGGAUGGGGUGGCGUUCAGGGACGUGUAAGACCGGGAAGACCCAGGAGACUGAUCUGGUCAGGAUGGGGUGGCGUUCAGGGACGUGUAAGACCGGGAAGACCCAGGAGACUGAUCUGGUCAGGAUGGGGUGGCGUUCAGGGACGUGUAAGACCGGGAAGACCCAGGAGACUGAUCUGGUCAGGAUGGGGUGGCGUUCAGGGACGUGUAAGACCGGGAAGACCCAGGAGACUGAUCUGGUCAGGAUGGGGUGGCGUUCAGGGACGUGUAAGACCGGGAAGACCCAGGAGACGUUGGAGAAAGUGGUUAGGAGUAACUGACUGGAAAAGCAUUGAUAAGCUUUGUGUAUAGUGUGAUCUGAUAUAAUAUAUAUAUAAUAUAUAUAAAAUAUAUAUAAUCUGAUAUAAUAUGACUUCCAUUUAUCUAUGGAGUAGCUGAAUGAAAUAAAUGUUUUGGGAUGCACUGCUUAGUUUCUCUCAGCAGGGGGAGCCAAACACUCACAACACUUUGGGUUUCACCUCCAACUGGAAACCAAAUGUUUGCAUUUUAAUUUGAAUGAAUAAUCUUUUAUGUUUUAUACCAA